CCACAAUGACCGGACCAUUGAAUCAGAUUGAUAGAGUCGCUGUGAUAGGUGCCGGAAUAAGCGGUGUUGUGACAGCAGCACAUUUGCUGAAUGCAGGUUUAGAAGUCACUGUUUUUGAAAGGAAUAAGGAGGUCGGUGGUGUGUGGCUUUUUGAUGAUAGACAGCCUGUCGAGUCGAUAUAUCCAUCAAUCAGGCCCUCGGAAGCAGAAAAGACUGGAGAUUACGAAGAGAUUCAAGAAACCGAUCGCAUUGUCCUCGAACAUGCGCCUCCUGGUCCAUGUUAUGUUGGUCUACGUAAUAAUGUUUCCACGCCACUUAUGCGAGUUACGUUGAACGCAUGGCCGGACAAAACGCCCGAUUUCGUGUCUCACAGAGUGAUGAACGAAUACAUUAUCGAGACAUCGCGAAAAUCGGGGGUACACGCUGUGACUUUAUUUGGGGCCAAAGUAACCAAUAUCGAAAAAGUGAAUGAAAAGUUGAAAUGGCGCGUUUCAUGGACUGAGCUUGAAGCAGGUGACGAAGUGGGAAAAGUAAAAGAGCAAAAUAAGGAUGAUCUUUUUGACGCAGUGGUGGUCGCCUCUGGACAUUAUCAUGCGCCACGCAUCCCAGAUAUACCGGGAUUGGCAGAUAUCAAGAGGUUAUGGCCGUCAAGGGUUUUCCAUUCAAAGGGUUAUCGAAGACCUGAUAGCUAUGCUGGAAAGAAUGUGCUUCUUAUCGGCGGAGGCGUAUCAUCUACCGAUAUUGCUCGUGAGCUCGGACCCGUGGCCAAAUCCAUCUACCAGAGUACAAGAAACGGCCCCUUUGACUUGGGAGAAAAAAUGCUACCUGAAAAUGGCACUCGAGUGGCCGAGAUUGCGUCUUUCGAUUUCGCAAGUGGCAGGAGCAUCGAAGAGCCUUUGACAGCAGAAAGUCACCUGCCCGUGAAAGUGCAACUCAAAUCGACCGACCAAGGUACAACGAUUGAUGACGUUGACUAUGUCAUAGUUUGUACUGGCUAUCAUUUUACUUUGCCGUUUCUACGGAGACUCCACGAGGAUGAUACUGCUCCCACAGAUGCUAGUGAUACGGUCCUGGUCACGGAUGGAACACAACUACACAACCUGCAUAAAGACAUCUUCUACAUUCCUGAUCCGACAUUGGCUUUUAUUGGAGUACCUUUUUAUACAGCAACGUUCACCUUGUUUGAGUUUCAGGCCAUUGCUCUAGCAGAAGUAUUUGCCGGCAUUGCUCGAUUACCGUCGGGUUCCAACAUGAGAGAAGAAUAUCGAGCUAAAGUUGACCAAAAAGGACUGGGCCGCAAUUUCCACAGUCUCAGAGGCGAAGAAGAGGGAUAUGUUGAGGAAUUGCUUGACUGGAUCAAUUUCUUCCGAGACAAAGUUAGAUUGCCUCCAAUUGCGGGAUACACGGAGACAUGGCAUGAAGCCAAGGAGAUACAGAGGCAGCGUAUAGAGGAGCUGUUUGGAAUUACUAGGUAG